CAUGCUGCAUGCAUGCGGUGCAGUCUAGUAGUCUGAGCUAGCAGUGAGCACAUGGUGGACGUACGUUGAGACGUACGCGAUUGAUGUGAUGCGUGCUGAACAGAAGAAAUAACCACGUCCUGUUUCAAUGCAAGAAAAUCCUCUGUUCUUUUAGCGUUUCCUAGUCUUACCGACUAGUAUUAGUAAUAUAAUAAGAUGGCGGACAGCGGACAGCCAGACGGUUUGGGAUCCGAGGCUAUAUCUAACUCGUUCUCUACUGAAAUCACCCACUACCUGCUGGUUGUAGUUGGCGAGCCACUCGGCCAAGAAUACGUAGACCUGUCCCUUGCAGAUGUGGAAAAAGCUUUGCAGUGUUGGAAUGUAGAAGAUUCUGCUAUUGGGUAUGAUAGUGCACUACAAGCCGCAGCAGCAGCUGAUGUCAACAAGGUUGGGCUUGUUCACAGAAGCUUGGCCCAUAGUGGUGGAAAUGUUGGUGUGGUCAUAUUGAUCAAUCCCACACACACUGAGGUGACUGCAGAACUCCGUAACCUCCUUAUCCAUCCUGCGUCUAACAAGCAUCUCAUCUUUGGUGGUCAUUGGCUUGAAGGAUGUGGAGACUGGGUACUACACAAUGACACCUUCACGCUGCAUGACAUCGCCAACAUCUUCAAUGAGCCAGAGGUUGAUGCAUCUGUCCUGAAGGCCUCACAGGAAGAGCGACACACCCUGGUUGUGUCAGGAUGCCACUGGCAGACUGCUGCAGUGACCAAACAGACAUUUACCAAGAGUCUCAAUCUCACAAUCAAUCCCCAAGAGGUCAAGAAUGCAGUGGCAGGCGUGUCCCUAGUAAUCCAGACUAUUCGCAACAACAUCCAUAUCCCUUCACCCUUUGAGCUUCUGGAGCCACCCACCAUGGGCGUUGGUGUCAAGUGUAAGAUCACCAAACCAACUGUGCUUAUAUUUCCAGCAGGAAAAGGUGACUGCGCCUUCUUUGCUGUCACUGACUUUAGCAUCUUUCUUGGUGGUGGCUACUGCGCCAAGAGUUGCUUUUGGAAGUUUGCCAAGCAUCUGCAUAGAAUUGAUGCAAUCAUGGCCCCACACAUGCAGCCAGAUUCUCUGAUGGGUUUCAACAGUCUCCUCCGAAGGAAGAUAGCAGAGCAGCAACUGACAGAACCUGAAAAAGGAUCAGAGGCAUAUGAGGAUUGGUUGAUAAAAUGCAACUCGCCUGAGGUGGGAGUCGUCUACCUGAAUGCCCCUGAAAACAAGAAAUCACCGAUGAGUCUUCAGCUGAAGACAGUCAACCAAGGGAACCUUACUCAGCAGCUGCUUCAAGAAUUAGACAUCAAGCCGUUUUCUUGCACUGCCAAUAUUGGCAAAGUCAUUGAGCCUGUCACACUCUAUCAGAAGGUUGGUAUAGGUCGUCUGGAUAUGUUCAUUUUAACCCCUGUCCAUGAUAGUAAGGAGUUAAAAGAUUUCAUGCAGCAGUGGAAUGGCAAUAAAGCAUUCUCCAAAGUAAAAACAGGCUUGAAAGUGAAUGGGAAAGAGAGUGAGUGUCCCAUUUCUAGUGCUGUGUCCAUUUGUGCUUUGAUUGUCUGGCAGCCAGCCAACCCCCAUGAAGAUAUUGUUAAAGUCUUAUUUCCAGGAAAUGCCACACAAGGUAAAAUACUUGAAGGUCUAGACAGAAUCAAGCACCUGGAUUACCUGAAAUACUCUGAUGCUACAGCUGCAAAGUUAUCUAAAGGCAGUGCUCCUUUGAAGAAGAAGCCUCACACUUCUGGAAAAGUCCCAGUAAAAGCCAAUGGUCCAACAUCAGUUAGAGUUACGUCUGAUAAUGCAUCUUGUAGUGAGGGCAUCCGAGAUGAAUGCAAAGAUGCAAAGCGCCCUAGCACGCCACCUCCUUGUUGUGAUGGCAUCCAUUGUGGGACUCCACCGCCAGAUGGAAAAUGUGAUGACGAUCUCAACUGCAAUACACCCCCUCCAGAACCUGAGUGCAACAAUGAAGGUGUAAGCAUUGACGGAAAGUGCUGUGAUGGCAUCCAUUGUGGUACUCCACCGCCAGAUGGAAAAUGUGAUGACGAUCUCAACUGCAAUACACCCCCUCCAGAACCUGAGUGCAACAAUGAAGGUGUAAGCAUUGAUGGAAAGUGCUGUGAUGGAGAACAUUGUGGUACUCCGCCUCCUGAAGAUGAAUAUAGUGAGGAUGCUUGCAGCAAAUUUGUACCUAUUGAACCAUACACAUGCACUGAUGGUGCAGGCUGCAACACCCCACCCCCAGAGGGUGAUGUCAUGUAUGCUGAUGGUACUCACUGUAACACACCACCACCGGAAGAGGAAGGAGUGAUGGACACACAAGAGUCUCCGGUUGAUAAUGAACCACAGGCUACCGUUCAGGGUGAUAUAUGUGGCAACUUGAUGGAUAGCAAUUUGCCAGAGAGCCAGCAGGAUAUGGGUGCUUUUAUGUACAGUGGCACACCUGAUGCAUUUGGCAACAAACCCACUGAUGCACCUGAGAGGUUGGCUUCUGGAGAGAUCACUCCAAGUGACCAGGUAGAAUAUGGUGAUGACUCUCAAAACGUUGGUUCUUUUGUUUUUGAUGCAGAAGCUAGCUCUGAGCAACCAGCUCCAGUACCUACAGGCUUUGGAGACUAUGCUGAGGAGGAUCAUGUUUCAGCUGUUCCCGCAGGUGAUGUUGAUACUCAAUUUGAGAAGAGUGGUCUCUCUGAUGAUGGUGAUUCACCUAUAAAUGACAACCAAGGCAUCUCUAGUGAAGCUUUUGGUGAGGAGUCUCUCUCAUCAAAUGGGGGUCCACAUCCUUGGGAACCUCGAAUUGAAUUCUCUUCACCAGACCAAGAGCCAGACAAUGGCUAUUUAGUUGAAGAACCUCGCCCUGAGGCAGAUUUCCAUGAUGAGCAGCAUGAGCCAACAUCUUUCUCUGAGAUUCCACCCCCUGUGGUCCCUUCUGAUGAAAUAAUUGUGGAACAAGAGAGGGAAGCUGAGCCAAACCAACAAGUGUUGGCUCAGGAUGUCCUAUUUGAGCAGCAAGAAGACAUAGUAGAGGAAGAAGAGGACUCGUCAGAGGAGUCACAGGCAUCUGAGAUAGAAAUCAAACCUGAUCAGCAGCUUAUUAGGGAUGAAAGCCAAAUGUUACACAAGGAGCAGACUCAGGUUUCUCAAGUGAUGCUCGAAAGCAGCCAAAAUUCUGAGGGUAUCAAAUGUAAAGAGGAAGAGCAAAAUCCAGAUGUGGAGGGAGAUGAUGAGGAGGAAAUGGAAAUUAAAGAUCAAGAACUUUCAGAGAAACUUGAUAUCAUGUCAGAUGAACAUAGAUCAGCUCAAGAUGACCUUCAAGCGACAACAGAGCAAGAAGUUGUUACUGAUGAAUGUGAGCAACUUGCAGCAGAAAUAAAGGGUGGACAAAUUACUCAAAUGCAAUUAUUGGAAGGACAGGAAGAAGAGGUGGCUGUUGAAGAUGAAGAGCAAGUGGAGAUGGAAACUAGAGGUGCAGAUAGUGUGGAAUCGCCAGCCCCAGAAGAAGAUCAGGAUCAAGUUGUACCAGAUGGCAACUUUGACAACCAGGUAGCACUUCCAGAGGUUCCUGAAGUAGAAGCCUGGAGUCAUGAAGGCCAAGAAGAGAUCAACCAGGAUUUCAUGAUAUCCAAUGGGGUUUCAGCUGCUAUGGUACAAGAAAGCCCUCAGCAAGAAGAGAAAAGUCCACAGCCUGAAGCAGAUAUAAACGAUAAUAGACAAAUGGUAAUAGAUGAGGGAAUGCCGCUGGAAGAACAACUUUCUCAUCCAGAAGCUGAGGCCGAAUUAGAGAGAGCAGAGAGAAAGCCAGAGGACUUUGAACAGUUUGCAGAUGAGCCCUUAGAAAGUGAGCCUGUUAGUCAAUUCCAUGCAGAGGACAUGGCGCAAGAGGUGCAAGACACCCAGGACAUAUCAGACCAACCUGAAGUCAUGCAGGUAGAACCAGGGGAAAGUCCUGAGGCAGUUGGGGAAUAUUCGUCUCAUUUUGAAGCACAACAUGUGUCAAGCACAGCAAUUUCUGAGCCAGUGUUAGAUACAUAUACUCAGCCAUCCUCAUCAGAGCCAGAGCCCGAAGCACAGCAAGAGAUCAUAGUAGAGCCUGUUCCUGAAUAUGAAUUUCAGGCGUCUGAUGAGCAAGAAAUCAUACAUGAGGAGAAGUUAGUUCCAGAUCAACAGUCGUCAUCUGAGCCUCUUUUGGAUUCACUUUCUGAGCCCCAGUCAGAUAAGGAGCCAGACUCGCUUUCUGAACCCCAUAUUGAUGCAGAAUUUGAAGUAGAUGCUGCACCUGAAAUAGAUGUUAGGCCUGUAGAGAUGUCACCACCUGCAUUUGCCCAGGAACCCUCUCCCCAGCCUAGUCCAGAACCAGAACCAGAAUCUAUGAAGGCACCUUUUCAACAAUCUAGUCCAGAACCCCAAGAUGAACCUAUUCUUGAACCCUCUGCACAACCUAGUCUAGAAUCCCAACUUGAGCCACAACCUUUGGCUGAAGCCACUAAGCAGUCUCCUGAGCCUAAACAAGAACCCAAGCCUGAUACAGUCCCAAAAAUUACUGCUAAGGCAGCCUCGUCAGUGAGUGCUAAGACUACCACUAAGACAUUAAGCACAGUGUCCACUACUACCAAGAAACCUGCGGACAAGGUAGCCAAAACCAAAAGUACCAAAAGCACCACAAGGGACAUCAAGAGUUCCACAAAAACCAAGACAAGUGCAGUAUCAGAGAAGAAAUCUACCACAAAGACACAGACAACUGGAACCAAGAAACCUGAGCUCACAGGAGCUUCUAAGAAGCGGACUGAGCCAAAAAAUGUUUCAGAGAAGAAGACCCUAUCUGAAAAGAAAAUGCCAACAGAGAAAAAAGCCCUAGAGAGGAAGUCCCUAGCUGAGAGAAAAACAGAAGCAGUGGAGAAGAAAAGUCGACUCUCAGCAACAAAGACCCCAGCUGGAACCGGACGGCCUCAGGCAACAAAUCGAGACAAGUCCCCUGUCAAGCUGUGGGAAAAACAGACUGCUGCAUCGGCUUCUAGGAGCAGUAGCAGCAACAACAGCCGAACAAAAACCAAUGGUAGUGGAGACACCAAGUCAGCAUCAUCUAAGAAACCAGUACCCAGUAAAGCCACAGCCAAGACCCCAUCCAAGGCUGGGACACAGAGACCAACAGGCUCUAAAGCUCCUGGCAGUGCCAGAAAAUCCACAGAAUCUACCAAGAAAGAGUCGGAUAGAUUGACUAGGUCAGCUCCAAGCAAGACAGGAGACUCAAAGAAAUCAGAGAGUAGCAAGAGACCAAUUUCAUCCAAGACAAGCGCUGGCAUGUCAAAAACACAGCCUAUCCCUAUCAGUGGCCCACCGGUCUACAUAGAUCUCACUUAUAUCCCAAAUCAUGCGAGUGACGACUCGGUCAACAUGGAGUUUUUCCGGCGCAUCAGAUCUAAGAAUUAUGUCAUCAGUGCCAAUGACAAAGGCCGCAACCAGCCUAGCAUGAAUGUCAUGGAUUCCCUACUUGAAGGUAAAUCUAAGUGGGAUAACCCUGAGGCAGAGGUCACGAUCAUCCCAACCUACGACAUUGACACUCUGCAAGAGUGGGAGCAGAAGAACCUACAGCAGCUGAGCAACUCCAAGAUCACCAUCUCACAGCCUGCCAGCCGCAGUAUUGUACAGAUGAAAGAUGAAAACUUCUUCAUGUACAAGGUGGAGUUCUGAUGUGGGCUGGGAAUUCAUGUACUGUAAAAGCAGCCACAUGUGUAGUUCAAUUUCUUAAAUUGCCAAUCAUUUACAUUCACAUGUAUGUUACUGGAAGACAUACAAGUGUUUCAAUACAAGUAACACUGUGUCAGAAACUGGAAUCGAAAUACAUGUAUAAGGUAAAGGUUUGAAUAGCCACCAAUUUACAUGUAAUAAAAUGGCCAAUGCAUAGGCUUGGUCUAAUAUUUUGUUUAUUGACAGUUCAGAUAAUGUUGAACUUGCUGUCUGAUGUUGCAUGCUUUUGAGCCAGAAAUCAAUGUUAACAUUUCCUAUUUACAUUUAUGUCUAUUUUAUUAACUUUCACUUGAAUUUACUUGACAACUCUUUGUAAGAUGUUACUCAUUGCCUACAUAUCAACUCAAAAUGAAAUGAAAUGCCAAAUGGAAUGAAAUCAAAUAGUUGAUCUUGCCAGGAUAGUGCAACCUAGAUUAGUUCCAUUGUAACGUAUGUGUAGAUUAGUGGAAUUUGCAAUACAUGUAGGAGUUUGAAUUAAAACUCUUUUUUUGGGUGCACUUAGUUAGAACAUGUUACAAAGUAUAUGUAUCAUACAAUUUUGAUAUUUUGUGUGAUGGACGCUAAAUUUGUGGCACACUUGCAUUGCUUAUAAUAACGUGAAUAAGUGUAGACUAGAGUCAGCAGUUAUGGUAGGUGAUGUACUAUCACAGACCAAAACCUCCUGGUUUUCAUAUGACAUGUCUCUUCCAAUGUUGGAGUUGUUCAUAUCGAGUAGACCCUAUUAUGUCUUAAUUACAUUAUGGAAAGUAUUUGGUUAUGUGUACAUGUAAAUCAACAAUGAACAGCAACAGUGUAAGGGUGUCAAAAGCUGUCCAGACCAUUUAGAUGUUGCAGACAUGUUAGGAGUUUGACAUGUACAUGUAGCUUGAAACAGCAAUAGUGCAGUGAAUUGUUACAGAUAACCUUUUCUCACAACACAUGAAAAAUAGCAAGUUUGCCUUGCAAGUAAAGGCAUUUUUUCCCUGGUACCUUUUAGCAUCCCUUUUAAAUUUUUUUAGUGAUGUACGUGUAAAUGGUGCAUUAGAUAAUUUUUCCUUGGAUAUAUAACUACGUCUAAAUUUCAAUUUACAUGUAUGCUGGAUUUUGUGUUAGAUUCUUGGCUAAUUUAUGUCUGAAAUGCCUGCCACAGAUUUCUGAAUGCUACAAGAACGAUUAAAAUAAUGGCACAAGAAGGAUUAAAAUAAGAACACCUCUUGCUUAAGCACAAGAAAGCAAAACUCUUGUGGUAUGGCUGAACAAAAAAAAAGGGGGGGGGAGGGAAAAAAGAAAAAAAUACACACCAAAAAAUGUACUUGCCUGAGUUAUCCACAAUAUGUAGUGUCUGCAAUGACUUCUUAGCCAACACUAAUUUGCUCCAAACUUGCUUGGCAAGGCAUUCACAUCUGCUUUUUAUCUCGGUGAAAUCAAGGCAAGGCUGAUGUGUCAUUUCAAGUGCAUGUUGAGCAAAUCAGUAUUGUCCAGUUGGGGGGGGGGGUUCUAGAUCUGUGGUGGAGCUUUGCCCAUAGAAAGCCAGAUAUGCAGGUUACAUUUAUGUCUCAAAGAGAAAAAUGAACCAGCCAACAUACAAAUGGUUAACGCUUAUGAAAAAAUAUACAUGUAAUUUAUGAAGUAAUUUGUAGUAUUAUGAAUAUGCAUGUGUUACAGUUAAUUGCUGUGUUUGGAUUGAUAUUGAAGCUGGUGAAUGUUAUGCAAUGUGUAUUUCACGUGCCUUUAAAAAAAUCAUUGUACAUGUAUAAUAUAUAUCAGCGUAGCCCCCAUAAUAUGUGCUAUUUUGUGAAUUUUUUCCCCUUUAUUUGUGGGAUCAGAAAAAAACAAUGUCCAAAGAAUGCCAAAGGUAAUGUAUGUGGUCUUAUAUAGUGUGCAUGUGUGACUUAAAAAAGGCAAUGUUUUUAGGAUAUAAAUAUGAAAUUGAAAAAAAAAAAGUUUUAUUUUGUUUGUAGUUGGGCAGUUUAGUUUCAGUUUAUACCUGUAAUGGAAUUUAAAAAAAUGUAAACAAAUGUUUGACUUGUUUACAAAAUAGAGAAAAGGACGGAAUAAAAAUGUAACAUGGUACAUUUAGCUGAUUGUUUUACCGGAUGCAUUUCAGGAGUGGACAAAUUUAAAUCCAAUGAAUGCAUGUGGUUUCAGUACUUUGUAAAAUGUUGGAGAAAUUAUCAUGAUUGUUGGUAUUUUGGCUGUAAAAAAUUAUCUUAUAACUUCAGUCUGUGAAUCUUUCUGUGAUGAAAUCAGAGCAGGGUAAGCUUAUGACAUUGAUUUAUUUGGGGAACAUAAAAACAAUACAUCCCAAUUGAAGUAGUGGCCGCACCGUGGUGAUAGUGUUAUGUAAGAGAUUAGAAUAAGAAAUGUUUGUGCAAAAUAUACAUGUAUGCAAUAUUAGUAUAAUUUUGGCCUACAUGUAGAGAAGACUUAAUUGGUUUAGAUUUAGAGGAUGCUUGUACAUGUACAUGACUUACAUAUAAUAAAUGCCACUGAAAAUGUGCAUCAUUUAACCUUUAGAAAGUAGAAGUGCAUAGUCAUGAUGCGUGUACAGUAGGUAGGAAAGCCUUCUCAUGCUUGAAGUGUUUGCAAAAUAAAAGUAGUGUUGCCUUAAUGCAUAUUAUAUUCACAUAAACAUGAUUCUAGCAUAAUUUGAACAAAUGCAAACUUUUUCUUUAACAUAAUUCUUUAAAAUCAGAUUUCAGUAAAUAGUCUUUAAACUUCUCUUAUGUAACAAUGUCACAUUAAGCUAUUACAAAAUAUUGAUUGUGUUCUUUUCCAUUUCAAGAAAUUAGGAGACUGAUGAAUGGAUGAAUACAUCAAUUUGCAAGCUGUUAACAGAAAUAUUUUUGAAUAAUUUGUCAUGCUGCAUGUAUUUACAAUUGAUAAAAGGUAUUUCUUAAUUUGGCAUUUUCUUGUAGUGAAACAUUUGCAAUAAAUUGUUUCAUUAACAAGAAAACCACCUGGGUAUUGCUAUUUGUAGCUUUGACAUGCAUGUAACUCCCAGGUGUAAAUCAUUCCUCUUCAAGCCAGGGAAGAUAGCAGCUACAUAACAUCUGGUUACCCAUAGUUAGUUGGUCUCAUUCCUCAAGGACAAAUGCUGUCAAAUAUGCCGAGUCUCUUGGCCCAAAUCCAUAUGCUAAUGCUGCUCUUUUGUGCAAAGCAAGGUGUUUAUUCAGCUUAAAUGCCUUAUAAUUUUUGGAUCCAGUUGUUUAAGUAGCAUGGUAAUUACAUGUAAUGCCAUCCAUUUUUAAUGAGAAUCUUUGAGAGAAUAUUUGUAGUAAACACGUUUGAUUACCCUAAACUCCUUGGGUAAGUGAAAACUCAAGGAUUUACAUGUAGGACCGUUACUGAUGCAGAUGAGCAGUGGAUGUGCCAUAUAAAUAAUGCUUUAAUAUUAACUCGACUCUAAAACAUUGUCUGCAGGUGUACUUUCAUCAUUUUUGAUUUCAUUGCGGCUCUUUAAAAAUUCUUAAGAUUGCUCUUUACUCGGAUUCAACCUUCCUGAGGGUGCCAGCUAGCUCCUCAGGUAUUUCCACAUAAUACAGUAGUAUUCCUGCAAUGUGGUUCCUGCAGUGUAAUUUCCACAAUUGUUUUAAUACUUUUCAUGUGUGGUCACAGUGUAUACUCAGUGGUGGUUAUUGUAAGUUUUACAGUUGUUUUCCAACUUCUAGCUAUGUUGUCCCAUCCUUGAAUUUGCAUAAUUGUUGUCUGUUGUGUGCUAGCAAUUUAAAAAAAUAUAUAUUAAGCUGCCUAUUUUUUUCUAUUUUGUCAGGCAUUGUGAUCCCUUGGUGGUGUGUAUGUGGGAUGUCAUUGUACGUUUUGGUCCAUUGCCUGAACUGUGGAUAUUUCAUGCUUAUCCCAAACAAGUUGUUUUCCUUUGCUUAGUACAUGUAAAUGAAUCCUGAAGGGCUACUUUGUGUGUCAUUUGCUAGACUGAUGAUGAUAGUUCAGUAUUAUGCUGCUACCAAAUCUGAGACAGAUAUGAUUAGUUCUUGGCAUUGUUCAGAAUUUGGUGAUGUGUGUCUGCUUUCUGUUGUCAUGUUGCUACCACUCUGCAUAUCAUAUAUCUGGCCAGACAAUACUUUCCAUUCAUGUAAUGAGAAAGGCAAUCAGGCUGUGACGUGACAGCUGCAUGGGACGGCCAGGUGGGAUGUUACUUACAGCUUGAAUGAAGCAAUACAGUCUACAAUUGUUUAUUGAGGCACUUCAAUGUUGUAUGCUGAAUAAUGUAAACAAUAUUAGAAUCAUUGAGGUAAUUAUUCAAACUGCUUUCUGCUUAAAUUCAAAAUUAAUAUGGCUUUAGUACACAAUAGCCAGAGAGCCGGCACUACAUGACCAAUGGGCCAUUGCAUUAUGAAAUGACAAGCUAAGUAGAUUAUAGCAUGGAGGUAGUAGUAAAUUUGGUGCAAUUGCUAUUUCAAAUGAGAUAUUUUAAUUGAGUACUUAAUAGUGCAUAUACUUAAUUCUUGUUGAAUCAAGUCAUUUAUGAAUAACUGUGUCCAAAGCUUGAAUGUGUCUCAGAUGUGGUAUAUGAAAAUGACUGUGUAUGUUACAUUUUUCACAUUGAAAUGAUUUUGAGGGAGUUGUUGGUAAAAUGAAUAUGCAAUAUUUGAUAUGAGAUCAGUAUAAGGUAUAAAUAAAGUAUAUUUUUUCUUGUGAUUGCAGUUACUCAAGUUUCAGAAUAUUGGCAUUGUUAUAGAGGUUGGGCAUUAGAUAACCAAGAUUAAAAAGUGUAAUGUAGCCCGAUAGUCAUGCCUGUAUGCUUCAACAAAACAUUAAGACUGGUUUGUGUUUGGGUUGCAGUCUGAAUGUCAUGUGAACAACGUCACUUUCUUCAUUUCUGAGCUUUGAAAUGAUGAAGUGAGUUGUGUGUAUCUGUUCCAAAAUGUGCAUUUGUAUCCAUCCGCUGACAUAUAGUGUGACAAAUCCAACUUGAACUAAAAAUAGGAUUAGGGUUGAGAUGAUUAUCAUUGACAAGAUCCUUACUAUUGUACAAUGCAGCAGUAAAUAAAUUAUGUGAAAAAUGUUGAUAUAACAUACAAUAAAUACAAUCCCACCUGUGCUAGCAGUCAUUACAGGGUAGGCCUAUAGUUUCGAAAGGAAACAUUUUCUCUUUUUACUCACUUCUCUUCAACAAGGAUAUGCUUCUGGCUUUAAACAUUCAAAUGGUACUUUUCUUUUAUUAGUUUGCUUCCAAAAUACAUGUACUUUAUGAAACACUUAGGUUUUCUUUUGUGUGUGCUUAGAUUCUUGCCAAUUUUUUUUUUUUAUAACCUUUGCCUUUUGUGUAUUGUUUGUCCAACAGAAAAUUCCAUGCAAUAUGAAAUUUGUAAAUAUUCAGUUUGGUAAUUUUUUUUCUUAAAUAUGUUGGAUUUUGUAUUUUUUGGGUUAUUUUUGUUACCUUCCCAGCUCUGUGUGAGUUUGAAAUCAUGCUCUAGGUAGUCUUUAUACAUGUACAUGUAUUUGAACUUUUCGUGGUUCCACAAUCAUUAUUCACAAGCGGUGAAUGGAAGUUUUAUUUUUAAAAAAAGUUGAAAUUGAUCAAACAUAAUGAACGCUCACAUUUGUGUUGGGUGGCCAUAAUCAUGAGCAUUUGUUUCUGUUAAAGUUUGCAGUAAGUUUUUUUUUGUUUUCUUCAGAAUACAUGAAUAUAUAAUAAUCUCUCUUCAAGAGUGUUACCUUAUCAAUGUGGGGAAUUUGAUCUUGCAUUAAUUGCCUACUUUGUGUGUCAUGUUGUUAUCCAAAGAUGCUUCUCUAGCAUGUUACAAAAUACAAAGAACAAGUAGAGCUAGUAAUGAUAAUAGGUAACAAAAAUACUGGUUCUAAAUGUCAAUUAAAUGCUGAUGUAUGUCUAUGGCUUUGUGCUGCUCUGCUUAUAGCACUUGGACUUCUAGUAUUGUUAUUUCUUGUUCUUCAUUAGAGAAACACAAGUCUGCAAACAAAGAACAAUCAAUUGGUAAUCAACCAUUUUUUAUCAAUGGAAAAAACACAAUUACAGUUAAAUGGUUUUUAUAAUUAUUUGGGUAUUUGCAAUAUUUAAAAUUAAAUAUAAAAGAAAACUCUCUGUGAAAAUCAACUAAUGAGUAUACUGUACAUCUAAGGAUGGUAGAUAUACCAUGGUUCAUGCAGUAAAUGGCAUUGAAGUACAUGUAUCAUAACUCUACAUAAUCAGGAUUUGUGUAUACAUACGUGUAGGUUCUCCAUACAAACACACCUGAUACACCCCUACCAAUCAAGAAUGUUCAGUCAAACUAACCAUGUAAUGGACCCAUUGGGUGCUUGAGUCAAAAAUGCUGGAUUCUAUAUGUUUACUAAAUAAUUCUUUGUCAAUGAAUGUUAAUUGAGCCAAUCGUUUACAAAAGCAAGUUUUAUAAUAUCGUCUGUAUUACAGUUUUUCUCUGAGCAACUCUUGUAUGCAUAUUAUUGCUUAUCUAGCAUGUCUGCUUAUCAGUAAUGUAAAGCGCAAUGCAUGUCAUGGCAGUAAUAAAGUUAAAUGCAAAAUA